AUGCAUGUGAAUGAUCUGCGAUUCGAUGAUUCUUACAAACUCAUUUGGUAUUCGGACAAGGGACCCUGGUCUACUCGAUUUACUGCAUGGUACGUGGCAGGCCUGCUAUAUCGCAACGAGGGGGACGAUGUCGCCAAUGCCAAGGCGGCCAUUGAAGCCAUACUAGCAUGCCAAAUGACCGAGAGUUAUGACUCGGCAUGGUAUGGAACGUUCAAGCUCUCGCCCGACGAGCCAUAUCCGACUCCAGAUUCGGAUCUCUAUCCUCCUCAGAUUUACACUACAUAUGACCCGAACUGGAGAGAAUUUAUCGGGACGCAGCUGGUGCAGAUUGUCGAGGAAUUCUCCAGUCUUCUCGGGGACAAGCUAGUCUCCCACAUUGAGGACAGCCUGGAGAUCGCGGCGGUAGGGUCGAUGAGACGCAAUGGCUCAUAUCCAGAAGGCGAUAAUUUGACCCCCGCGUACUCCAAUCCUGCGCUCAUGCGGGCAUGGUACGUUGCGUGGAUUGGCGCGCGACGCAACAACGACACUUAUAUCAAGUAUGCAGAUAACCAAGCCGACUUGAUUGGGAAUCUCUUCCGGUCUACGGGUUCGAACGUGUUCUCUGAAUACAAUUCUCCGACCUACUAUGGAAUGGAUGUCUGGGCUCUUGCUGGCGCCAUCAAGUACGCCCCUCCAAAUGCGAAUGUCGUUAAAAAUUCCAAGGCGAUGUUGACUGAUCUCUGGGCGGAUAUUGCUGCUCACUACAACCCAUAUCUGUCUGUGAUGGCUGGUCCGUACGAUCGUGCUUACACUCGAGACAUGGUCACUCACUCUGCCGUGCUUGACUAUUUCUGGUGGGGGUUGUAUGGCUACGGCACUGGGCCCCAGCCGAACAAGAUGGAAGCCGACCUUCUCUAUGACGUGACACAGGGCGCCGCUCUCGCUCUUCUUGUUGAUGUGGUCGAGGCGCACAUUUCUCAAGAGGACUCACAGUGGCUCCGAUCCAAGGGUGAAUGGAGCGGCGAACGCAUGCUUUCAAAAAGGAUCCCUGACGCGCUGGAUCCAGGCGCCGAGGUUCGGAUCGCAACGUCCUGGAUGAGUUCGUCUCUCAUGAUCGGUGCACAGCAGGUGAAUGAGACUGUCAAUCGAGGUGAACAAUAUGUGCCAGCGAUUGUUCAAUGGGCUGGUGACCGGAGUCAUAAGCCUCAUCCUUACAUGACCUUCUUUACCUUGUAUCCGACCGCAUCCACCAUCCAUGCCGUUGCAGGACCGAACAGUCUGGACAUUUCCUAUCCCAACACCACGCAGGAAGGGACUAAUCUCUUCACCUUUGCCCUGGCACAGGUGCCUCCUAGCUGGACAUUGACCAAGAAAAAGGUCAUCACGGGGUUGGAGGACCUGCCAUGUCUGGACGUGAUGAUGAAUGCGACGGGGUUGGAGAAACAGCCCAUUGUGUACGGGGCCACCUUGGGAGACAACCGUUUCUACAACAUCUCCUAUCUUGUACCCGCAGGGUUCGAGGGCACUCCGAGAGUCUCGUUCAAAUUCAAGUACACCUGUUGA